ACGACACCAUAGCCUAUGUGGCACAUUCCCAUUAAUAUAUUCCUUGAUUUGUCGCGCCAUAAUAGGCAAUUUCUUCAGGUCCAACAAUGCCUACAGUCGCCCUAAAUUUACAAUAACAAUAAUCCUUCAUGUUUGUUAGUUUCGGAAGUACACACACGAACACAAAACAGUCACUGACUCUGUAGUUUCUGAAUCCGUCCAGUAUGUGGAUUUUUGGGUGGAAAGGGCCAUCCGGGUUCUCAGCUAAUUCAACAGCUGAGCAAGUUACACAAGGGAUAGAUGGAACUGGCCUCACUGCUAUUGUCACAGGAGCAUCAAGUGGUAUUGGUGUGGAGACAGCACGUGUUCUUGCUCUGCGUGAUGUUCAUGUGGUUAUGGCAGUAAGGAAUGUAGAUGCUGGUAGGAACGUUAAAGAAUCAAUACUUAAGGAAAUCCCCACUGCGAAGAUUGAUGUUAUGCAGUUCGAUCUUAGCUCAAUGGCAUCAGUUAGGAAAUUUGCAUCCGAAUACAUUUCCUCUGGUCUUCCACUGAAUCUCCUUAUUAAUAAUGCAGGCGUCAUGGCAACUCCUUUCAUGCUUUCCCAGGACAACAUAGAAAGGCAGUUUGCCACGAAUCAUGUUGGCCAUUUUCUUCUAACGGACCUUUUGUUGGAGACCAUGAAAAACACAGCACGUGAAAGCAGUCGGGAAGGGAGAAUUGUUAAUGUAUCUUCAGCUGGUCACCGCUUUACAUACCGUGAAGGGAUUCGUUUCGAUAAAUUAAAUGAUGAAGCAGGAUACAACAGCAUAUUGGCUUAUGGACAAUCAAAGCUGGCUAACAUUUUGCACGCUGGUGAGCUUGCUAGACGCCUUAAGGAAGAUGGAGUGGAUAUAAGUGUUAAUUCUCUUCAUCCUGGAGCAAUUGAUACUAAUCUACUUCGUUAUCACAGUGUUAUCAAUGGCAUUGUAUCUCUGGUUGCUAAAUAUGUCAUAAAAAAUGUCCAACAGGGUGCAGCAACGACAUGCUAUGUAGCAUUGCAUCCACAAGUCAAGGGGGUUACAGGCGAAUACUUUUCAGACAGUAACAUAGCCACACCAACUUCUCAGGCUAAAGAUGCAGAUUUGGCCAAAAGACUAUGGGAUUUCAGUGUGAGACUGACCAAUCCCAAGUAGCUAAGCCAGCGAAUUCCAUAGCACUGCUUGCCUGGUUCUUGGUUGUCUUGUCUUUCGUUGCGUAUGCUCACUUGAUCUUGAAAUUGUCAAAGAAACUGUGAACUAAUUUGUCAGGGAUUUUCCUUUUCUUCCUGUGACAUAAGAAGCUUGAUAAAGACUUAUCAAAUAAAUUUAUCUGACGUUAUCGUCAUGAGUAACCAUUAUAUUAUGGUUACUGACCUUUAA